AUGCCCGGGAUUGAGAAGCUACCGUUGGAGGAGACGUUGGAGGACAGCCCGCAGACGCGAUCUCUGCUGGGAGUGUUCGAAGAAGACACGGCAGCCAUCUCCAACUACUGCACACAGCUGUACCAGGCCAUGCAGAGGAUUUAUGACGCCCAGAAUGAGCUGAGUGCUGCCACACACCUGACGUCCCGGUUGCUGAAAGAGUACGACAAACAGCGUUUUCCUCUGGGGGGGGACGACGAGGUGAUGAGCUCCACACUGCAGCAGUUUGCCAAAGUCAUCGAUGAGUUGAGUUCCUGCCACGCUGUCUUGUCCACACAGCUCGCAGACGCCAUGAUGUUUCCCAUCACCCAAUUUAAAGAGAGAGACCUGAAGGAGAUCCUUACCUUAAAAGAAGUCUUCCAGAUAGCCAGUGAUGAUCACGACACAGCCAUUAACAGAUACAGCCGUCUGUCCAAGAGGAGAGAAAAUGACAAGGUGAGGGCGGAGGUGGUGGAGGACGUCUACACCUCCCGCAAGAAGCAGCACCAGACCAUGAUGCACUACUUCUGCUCGCUCAACAUGCUGCAGUACAAGAAGAAGACGGCUCUGCUGGAGCCGCUGCUCGGCUACAUGCAGGCUCAGAUCAGUUUCUUCAAGCUGGGCUCAGAAAACCUCACGCAGCAGUGGGAGGACUUCCUGGGAACUAUAGGCACCAGUGUUCAGAAUGUGCGUCGGGAGAUGGAGGAGGAGGUGGGGCAGAUGCAGCAGACCAUCCAGCAGAUGGAGAGGUCAUGUGACCCCCUGUACGCACCGUGUGACCCCGACCCGGCUCACUCACCUGUGUGCCGCAGCCUGACCAGGAAGCAGGGCUACCUGUACAUCCGCAAUAAAACGGGCCUGGUGUCGUCGUCGUGGGAGCGCCAGUACUUCUUCACGCAGGGAGGGAACCUGAUGCAGCAGGGCCGGGGGGAGGUGGCGGGGGGGCUGGUCACUGACCUGGACAACUGCUCCGUCAUGGCUGUGGACAGUGACGACCGGAGAUUCUGCUUUCAGGUCACUUCCUUCGACGGCAAAAAAGUGGUGACGCUGCAGGCGGAGAGCCGGAAGGACUGUGAGGAGUGGAUCGCGACCAUCAACAACAUCUCCAAGAGGAUCUACCUCAGUGAAAACGCAGAGGAGCUGGCGGCCAGAGUGAACCAGACGGCCCUGGAGGCGGUGACGCCGUCUCCGUCCUUCCAGCAGAGGCACGAGAGCAUGAGGCCCAGCAGUAAGGGGCGGACGGGCCGGGCCAGCAGCAUCAGCUCGGUGGGCUCCGAGCCCUCGCCGGCUCUGUCCGUGCUCUCCCUGGACUGCCUGGUGGCCCCGGACACGCCCAUCCAGUUCGACAUCAUCUCCCCCGUCAGCGAGGAGAACUCGGCCCACAGCAAGGCGGCGGCAACGGCCGGCAGACGGAGUAAUCCGUUUGGGGAGUCGGGAGAGAACGCGGCUGAAGACAGUGAAGACUCCAUCCUCCACCAGCUCUUCAUCGUCCGCUUCCUGGGCUCCAUGGAGGUGAGGACGGCCGAGACGGCCGACGUCAUCUCGGAGACCAUGAGGCAGAUCCUGGCCGCCCGGGCCAUCCACAACAUCUUCAGGAUGACCGAGUCGCACCUGCUGGUCACCUGCGACUGCCUGAAGCUCAUCGAUCCCCAGACUCAGGUCACUCGACUCAGGUUUCCUCUGUCCAGCGUGGUCCAGUCCUCGCCCCACCAGGACAACAAGAGGCUGUUCGGCUUCGUGCUGCAGGCGGCCGGCGCCCGGGCCGUCUGCUACAUCUUCGAGUCCAACAACGACGGAGAGAAGAUCUGCGACAGCAUCGGUCUGGCCAAGCAGAUCGCCUUCCACUCCGAGAUGGAUCGGAAAGCCGUGCAGAAGAGGAGGGAGGAGGACAAGGCCAAAGAGAAACAGCAGGAGGAGCUCAGCAAACAGAAGCAGAUAGAGAAGGAUCUGGAGGAGCAGAGCCGCCUGAUCGCCGCCUCGAGCCGCCCCCCCAACCCGCCCGCCCCCGACGGACAGUUCCUGGUGCUCAGCAGCAGCCAGUCGGAGGACAGCGAGGCCGGGGAGGAGGGCAAGAAGAGGGGAAACACCGCUCGCCCCGCCGGGUCGCCCCGGGCGACGGGAAAACGUGUUUCCUCUCUGCUGGACUCGGUGGAGGAUAAACCCAACGCACCCUCACUACGAGGAGGAACGGAGACGGCGAAGAAGCUUUUGACUCAUUUUAUCCCGUGCAAAUAA